AUGGCCGACGACUUAUGGUGGAAGAUUCCGCUGUUCAACAUCCCGGUGGUCAUCUUCAUCGUGGCGUUCAUUGUCCUAUGUUUCAUUUGGUACCGUCGGCGACAGGGCAAGAAGAAGCCGACGGAGUCUUCGACGAAAACCUCUAAAAAGAAGGUCGGCAGCCAGAAAUCGGUGAUGCCGGCGUCAAAAAAGUCUAAAAAAUCUGUCGCUGCUCCACCGUCGGCGAAGCCCGACGCCCCAGCGGCACCGGAAGCAGCCGCCGAAGAGAAGAAGCCCGCCGCCGAGAAGCCAACCGGCACCACCACAGAAGACAAGGGAAAAGAACCGGCAGCUCGCGAAGAGUGGCAGCCGACGGAAUUGGGCGGAAACUGGGAUGAGGCUGGCCGGCAUCGCUUCUUCCUCGAGCUUGAAGCUGAAGGCAAUCGCCUGAAGAAGGUACGAAACGUGCGCCCGGAAACCCAAGUGAACUUUGACUUUCUAAAAGACGCCAACGAGAAGCAACGUCAAGCCGCCACCGAUGAGAAAGUCGCGCCGAAGGAUCCGCACACGACGUUGUGCCUCGACGCCCCGGAGAUGUCGGCCGCCCUCGACAAUCUAGACCUGAACGAGCGGCUGCGUGCAAGGGAAGACGUCGAACCAAACGAGUACUUCAACAUGUGCUCAGAAGAGACGCUAAAGGGCCGUCGUAAAGACUGGGGCCCGCAGCAGCUCGGCGCCGAGCUCGAUGAGCCGCUCACCGACGAGCAGAAAGCCCUCAUCGAGGCGCGCAAACUCCAUCAGAGCGCUAUCGCGCGCCAUCUAGCCCGUGGUGGCUACAUGUUCGGCGCAAACGUGGCACACGUCGAGGUGGUGGCCGAGACAAAGUUCGACGUCAUCACCGAAACACCAGAGCCACCCGACCCCCACAAAAGUAGUGCAGCGGAAAAACCUGACAAGCACUCGAAGCAAGUGAAGAAGCAGCGAAGCUCAAGAGAUACCAAGGAGACGAAGGUCACGCUGGACUCGAAGACGAAGGACGUGACCAAAGACCGGACCCGUGACAAGGAGACGAAGGAGGCGACCAAGGAAACAAAAGAGACGAAAGAA